AUGACUUUUCACCGGAUAUGACUUUUAUGGUUCCGUAUAUCUAUAUAUUUCAUUGCUAUGUAUAUAAUAAAUAUACAUAUGUGUUAAAAUAAUAACCGGUGAAUUAAUGGAUGAUAGUUUAAAACGUCAUCAAAAACGGGUGCACAAAAGGAGCUAAUUUCCACCCGGAACUGGUGUAAGAUGGGUAUUUUGUCUUGUCAUGGAAGACCACUCCGUGGAAACAUCUAGAACUAGCAUUGGAAGGAGUGAUGAAGAUGAUAAACAGUUUGAAAGGUCUUGUCAGUUUAACAGCAAUAAUUAUUUGUUGUGUUCCAGUUGAGACGCCUAGUUCUAUUAAGGACGUUUCUCAAACAUACACCAGUGAAGACAAUACCAUCUGUAAGAAGUGUCCUCCGGGAAAGUAUGUGGCAGAAGAUUGUCAUUUACAUUUCACCGAAGGGACAUGUAUUGAGUGUCCUGAUGGAACAUUUUCUUCACAAUACACAAAGGCAAAAUCCUGUGAGAAAUGUCGUCAGUGGUGUCCACAUGAACACCAAAUUCCGACGAACUGCACUAAAACGGAAGACAUUACGUGCACGUGUGAGCCAGGCUACAAGCUGGUGGUGGACGAUGUCAUCAUUAGAGAGCAGCACUGUCAGAAGAUAGAAACGCCAGAUACCAAGGACCAGAAGAACGUUACGGACUCUCCGAAGAGGUCGGACCAGGGCAGCAAGGAUCAUAACGAUGUCAGUCAAGGUGUUACACUGUCGUCGUCUUCCUUCUGUGUUGUCUUCCUGCUGCUCCUGGCCAUCUGUAUCCAGCUUUAG